AUGACGGCACAAACUCCACUGAUCAAGUCUAAACAAGUAUCAAUCAUCGGGGUCCCGUUCAACGGUGGCCAACCCCAGGCAGGCGUAGAAAAAGGGCCGCUGCGACUUGUCGAAUCGGGACUGGCCGAACAGCUUGAAGAACUCGGAUGGGCCGUUGAGCAUGAGUCCAAUGAACAAACCAUCAGCGAGCUACGUCCAGCAUCGGACCCAGACGUCAUGAACCUAAAGCAGCCCAAGUAUGUUUCUGCUGUCACACAAAAUGUUGCCCAGCAGAUUCAUGAGCGUGCGAAACAGGGCAAGUUUGUUCUCACGCUGGGAGGAGAUCAUUCCGUCGCACUGGCUACUGUGUCCGGUGUCUUUGGCUCUUACCCCGAUGCUUGUCUUGUCUGGGUCGACGCUCACGCGGACCUUAAUACACCGGAAGCAACCGAAAGUGGAAAUGUGCAUGGAUGCCCUUUGAGCUUUUUGAUGGGUCUGUCGACGGACCAUCCGGAUUUCCAAUGGGUCAAGCCUGUGUUGAAGGCGAAUCGUUUGGUGUAUAUUGGCUUGCGCGAUCUUGAUGGGUUCGAAAAGAAAACGAUCAAGGAACUGGGCAUUCCGGCGUUCACCAUGCAUCAUGUUGACAAGUGGGGUAUCGGCACUGUCGUUGAAACGGCUCUGAACCAUGUGAACCCUAAGCGAGACUUGCCUAUCCAUCUUUCCUUUGAUGUGGAUGCUUUAGACCCUUCGGUGGCACCAAGCACGGGCACUCCUGUCCGUGGUGGGCUGACAUUCCGUGAAGGGCACUAUAUCUGUGAGGCUCUUGCCGAAACCGGUCUUUUGGUGGCUGCAGAUAUCAUGGAGGUCAACCCUACUCUUGAGGAUGAACUGGCUGCGGCCCAGACGAUACAAGUCGGAUGCUCACUAGCACGUUGCUGCUUAGGAGAAACACUUUUAUAA